AUGGACGCUUUCAAAAAUUUUCUCAAAAAGAAGAAAGUUGAGAAGCACUUCAAGAAAUCGGGCCCAGGUCAAAAGCUUGAUACUGGUUCGAGCGCGCCUGCUCCAAGCAUACAUGCUGGUGCAGCGCAGGGUGGCGGAAUUGAUCGUAUCGCUGCUGCCGACAUUGCUGCGCAAGCUGCUAUGAAAAGACUCUACAAGGAGCCUCCUAAAAUUAGUGCUGGCCAGAAGAAAAUACAGAUGAUCGCCCAACGUGAACUUGAGGAAGAACGGCGUCGUCAAGAUCCCAGAUAUGCCAUGGAGCAACUAGGCUUGCAGGAGAAAAGGUAG